GUUUCUAAGUCAGAAAAAGAAGAGUUCCAUUUCCUCUCUUCGACUCACUUGCGCUUGAGUCGAUAUCCUCCUCGUUUUGUUCUCUCCAAUGGACAUCCCCUCAGUUGUUCACAGUUUAUCUCUAGUAACCAUUGUGUAUGCAUUACUUCUCCUUAUUCCAAUUGUUAUUGUGACAGUAAGUACUAUUGAUAUAGAAUUCUUCAUUUUUUUACGAUUUUAAUUAUUUUAUCGCAUGGCCGUGACUUCGAUUUCUCCUCGAUUGUUCCACAGAUUCUCAUAGGAAUUCGCUUGAUGACUUAUGACGCUGUGCCGAUAAUUUCUAGGUUCGACAGUGAAAAAUAUUACAAGGAUCCAAACAAAAACAAUGCCACUUAUCCCUUCCCAAUCAUGGAGGAGGCAGGCUCCAUUGAUCUUUCGGUGAUCGUGCCUUCGUACAACGAAGAGGAACGACGUGAGUUUAAUUAAUUGGAUUGCUUAUUUGCUCAGCUGGUCUACCGUCUGAUGCAAUCUAAGAGUGGUUCUCUUUAAUGUUUUAGCUUUAAAUAGUUAAGAAAUUUAAUUACGCUCAGUUUUAAACUAACCGUAAGAAGGGGGUCGCGAUCGAGUCCAUUACGUGUCCAAAAUCUCUAACAUCCAGUUCUCCACCUCAAUCAUAUUUACUGGAAGCAUAGUCUUUAAUUUUCAGUCCUGAAAUCUAGCGCGAGGGUCAAAUCAAUUUUGAAGGGAAGUUUGUUUUGUGAGUGCUGACCUGGGGAAGAGGGGGUUCGUGUAACCUGGAAGGCAGGGGUAUAGCUAUGGUGAUCUCGAGAUGCUUGUGACACCGUUUUGCCCUUGUAAGAGUAAUAUUUGUUUUGCAUCAGCAACAUAGAAACUUAAUCAUGCCAGUUUGCAAAAUCUUGCAAAGCCAAAGUAUUUUCGUUGCAUGAAUCGUUUUAGUGCUAGAUACCCCAUGAGCUUGUCCUUCUUGUGGCAUGAAUAUGAACAUGCAAGUACACAAAAUAAAGCAGCAGCAUUAACCACUUCACUGAAGGGGUGCAUAAAUUCCUAACUGAGACUCUUCCUAUGAAAAAUCCUCAUACCCCAUGGAGGGGAAGCUUCAAGCAAAAGAAAAAACCUUAUGGAAAGCCUGUUGACCAAAAGUAAAUCAUUUGAUUAAAAGUUAAAUUAACAAACUUUUGCUUAGACCAAACAUCUGAAUUUGAAUUAGAUUUGUAUGAGGCCUUUCUUUUUGCACAAGAACAUUUACCAAGGCUGUGCUCUAAAGGGAGUUCAGGAGCUACAUGCAACCAAUUUUUGUUGUUGAAUGAUGUUUAACCUUGUAUUUUGAAAACUUUCAAGAGUUCUUUACCCCAGAUUUCUUAUAUGACAGCCCUCAAACCUUACUAACAUUUUUUUUAAUAGUGCAGUAGUGAAUUUUUAAUGGCUUUAAUGACAAAGCAAGGCAACAGAGCUUUGAAUUUAUCAUCAUUCAACUUGUCUGGAUUUGUUCUCAGUGCCUACUAUGUUGGAUGAAACAUUUGAAUAUCUGGAAAGUGAAAAGGUAAAGAAAGAAUCAGCAUAUAGUACAUUUUCAUGACUUAAAUUCACACACUUAGUAAUACUUCACCUAUUUUGCUUUUCUGUUUAUUAUUUUAAUGAGCUUUUAACCAAUUUUUAGUGAACUUUGUUGUCAAAACAUUUGAUAACAACAAAGUGACCUUAAAUUGAUUUUCACAGGAAUUUGCCUUUUGUUCUAGCUUAGUGGAUUUUUUUUACUCAUUUUGCAGAGGAAGAAGCCAUCUUUUACAUAUGAAAUUAUAGUAGUGGAUGAUGGGAGCAGAGAUGCAACAUCUAAGGUUGGUGAAAUGGAAAUAGUUACAUUGCUAUUAUUAUUUGGAGUGCAAUAAAUGUAUGUAUUGUGGCUCAAUUUUUCCUUGCUUUAAAAUUUUUUAAACCAGUUUGAAAAUUUUCAAGAUUGAAAAGCAAUCUUGUUUGAUUUCUCAAUUAAAAAAAUAAUUCAAGACUGACACAUAUAUAUAGCUAUGGUUUGAAUAGUCCUUUCUUGACAUAUAAAUUGUAAAAACUAAGUUUAUGGAAUAAUUUACUUGAAAAAUAUAAGUGGACUGGAUAUGAGAGGUUUUUUUGAGAACCAUUUGAAAGAGCUGUAUGCUUGAAGGAAAUGACUCCCUGGAGGAAAAAUUAUAUUAUUUUGUAAAAUAUAGUCACAUUUAGGGUCUUCUGUUUUUAUGAGUUCAGAAUGGACUCCUAAUGUGAAGUUUUGGAAAAUUGUUAAUUAACAAAACAAUAUGAAUUAAUGAGUGGUGCGAUUCCUUGGUAGGAAAGUACAAAUUGUUCCCUAUGCUGAUUGUUAUGUGAAAGUGUCAUUGUGGUUUGUUGUAUCUGUUUGUAUAAUGUAGGUGGCUCUGGAUUAUUCAAGGAAGUAUGGUGUUCACCAAAUGCGUGUUUUGACACUGGAAAAGAACAGGGGCAAAGGAGGAGCAGUCAGAUUGGUAUGUUGUUUUAACCCUUUAACUCCCAUGAGUGACCAAGAUAGAAUUUCUCCUUACAAUAUCAAUACAAUGUCAACCAGAUAAGUGAUAAGAAUACAGAAAAAUAUCAAUUUGGGGAUAAUAAGUUGAUUCAAUACUAACUUCUCUGAACAAACAUUAUAAGAAUUUUAUGGUGGACAUUUAGGAGAAUUACAAAUUUGAUCUGGGAGUUAAAAGGUUAAAGAAUGACUAAAGAGGAAUUUUUCUCUACAGUAUUAACACAUUUUCAAGUGGAAAGGUAAUGAGAAGGAAGAAAACUAUCAACCAGGGGAUAUUGUUUGAUUUAACACCAAAUUCAUUGAGUUAAAAUAGCCAGAAAUGUUUAGGAAACUGUGCGGGAAAAUUUGUAUUUAGAUCCUGGAUGUGAUUGUCACUUGCAGGGUUUUUACAUGAUGAAAGGUAGUGAAUAUCUACAGCCCUUUCUUUAGCAGUUUUAUCACAUGAGGACAUGUUUUGGGGGUAUCAACAAUGGUCUUCAAAAUUAUCAAAAGAUAAAAGCCAAAAAAAUUUUCAUACAGCAAUGUGAUUAUAGAGGUUUAUUUUUUUUGAUGAAAAGUAGUGUUCUCUAGACAAAGUUUGUUAUAAAAUGCGUGUUUUGUCAAAUUUUAGAGAUAUUCUAAUGUUUCUCUUUUUAGUGAACACUAAGCUAAAAUUUCAUCCAUCAUCUUUGUUUUGCACUAAAGGGCAUGUUCAGCUCUAGAGGUAGGCGGCUUCUGAUGGCUGAUGCAGAUGGUGCUAGUAAAUUUGCUGACUUGGCAAAAUUAGAGAAAGCUUUAGAUGACCUGAAUGGAAAGAAGGUUAGUCAGGUUUUUCAAAACUGUGCAAAGUGGACAAAGGCAUUACUUGGGUGGUCAUGGAAUGCCUGUAGAAAACCAAGGGGGAUAGUCAGGGGGGUUCCUGGGAGGCCUGGGGUCUACCUUUGAGGGAUUUUGUUCCUAAAUGAACAACAUGCAAAGCCUAUAAUUCAGGGUGUGAGGUUUCACAAGUCAGAAGAAUCUGCAUGAUAAAACCUUUUCUUAUGCCAAAUGCUGUAUUUUCUGGUCCUUCUUGUGGCAUAGAUACAAGUCUGCACAUAGACAACAGGGAGAUGUGGUAUACACCUCAUCAUUUAAGACACAGAAACUCAUAACUGUGACCCCUAAUUUGAAAAGUGCUUUGCACCCAAAUUUCUUGUGCAAAAAAAUAAUUACUCACAUCCUGACAGACUUCUGAAUUCAUGAAUAUAUCAAUAUUAGACCCUCUUCUUUAAAAAUUACUGGUGUCACCCCUUGGAUCAGUAAAGUUAAUGAUUUUUGCUGAAGAGAAAGGGGAAACAAAAUUAAACCAGAAGAUUUGUUCACCCCAGUUUAAUUUGUUGAGUUACAAGAGUGGAAAAAGAGGAAUAUGAAUAUGAAUAUUGAGAUAAUGUGCAUCAUUUUACAUUUCCUCCUUGUUCAGGGAAACACGGCUGUGAUAGUCUGUGGUUCUCGUGCUCACCUACAGGAUGAAGCUGUUGCACAAGUAAGAGAGACUUAACUCGUACACUCACAUGAGUGAUUGAUAAGUUAUUUCUCCUCACAGUGUUAAUACAUUGUCAAACAGAAAUAUGAUGAGAAGAAAGAAAAGUAUCAACAAGGUGAUGUUACUUGAUUUAAUAACCAAAUUCUCCGUGGUGAAAGUUUUUAGCAAUGUUUGGCUGACAGUGUUGAGAAUUGAUUUUGAAUAAAGCGUAAGAAUUAGUAAAGAAUCAAGCGGGAAAUCCUGAGCGGAGCCGAUCUUUUGCACUCGAGUAGCUAAUGAGAAACGAGAUUUGUCAGACCCACCCUUGGAGCCGGCCAUAUGACUAAAGUUGUCGCUAACGCGUUUUUCGUCUUCUUUUAUUCAGCGCACUUUCUUUAGGAAUAUUCUUAUGUUUGGCUUUCACUUUCUUGUGUGGUUCCUUUGCGUACGAGGAAUCAGAGAUACUCAGGUAAUGUAACUAAACUCCUCACCGAGCUUAUUUCAAUUUUCAGUAACGACAACGGCUGGUCAGAAGAAAGAAAAAUCAAAUUAAAACAGGCGAACUGCCUGAAGCGCGGGAAAACGCAAGUGACUGGUUUUUGUUUCUUCGUCUGAUUGGUUAAAAGGGUGGCACGAGUGUUCUAGACCAAUCAGAGCGAAGUAUAACACAACUCAUGGAAGCGCAGAUGAAUUGAAGGUUGCCCUAUCAGUCCUCAGUGAAUGCAAAGCAGAAACUCUUUCGUCAUUGUUUCCAGUGGUGUACAGUGACCAUAAAAAUUCACACUUCAAUUGACUUCUCUCGGUAACAGAAAUAGAGAGCGACUCCCUGUGGUCUGGAGAUUUUCUGAUACGCUAUUUUUCUUUGGCCAAUGACAGAUUUCAGCUCAUUUUGACCGUGGGCUACGUUAAUCAGGUUUUUAUCAACCAAAAUAAUGUGUCUUUCUGGACUGGAAUAAGAAUUUUAAAAGUAUGUGAAAGGGAUUCCUCUUUCCGCAUCAGUACGACAUAAGUUCAUUUUGUAAAAUGCGUUUCAAUUAAUAGAUUAAUCAAACUAAAUAAGAGAAAAAUUUAGACAUUACAUAGUUUAAAAUGAAAGAGUAGAUUAUAAACUGUUCCUUGAUGGAGUUUUUAUAUCGCUGUUUUUCUUUUAUUUUAGUGCGGAUUCAAGCUUUUCACCAGACCAGCGGCAUUACUGACUUUUUCUGCUCUCCACGUUGAACGGUGGUAAGUGUUUUUACGACAUACACGUUUCUUCCAAGGAAUGAAGAAACGAUCAGACGACUCAGCGAACGAACAAUAACGAAGGUACGAACGAAGUAACACAUGAAUAAGGAAACGAACGAACGAAGAACGACGGUGUGAACGAACGAAGAACGACGGUGUGAACGAACGAAGAACGGAGGUGCAAACGAACGAACGUGCAAACGAACGAACGUGCAAACCAAAAAGCAAACAAAUAAACGAACGAGCGAACCAACGGAGAACGAAUUUGCAAACAAAGGAAAGAAUAACCUGUAAGCACGCCCUGAAGGUCUGCCCUCAUUAUUAGUGCUAGAUCUCCGGCAAACCUCUCCCCGAUUCGCCUACAAUCUUCCUGGCGGCUGAAGAAUGGGCGACCUGCAUUGCUUAUAGUUAGAGUGUUCUCUCAGGCCUAGGAAUGAACGAAUUAACGAACUAGCAAGCGAAUGAACGAGUGGAUGUAUGGACAGAUGGACAAACCAGCCUAUCAUUGUAGAACGGAUAUUCCUAGGCAUGGAGGGCCAUUUCCAACGUGGUUAUCCUUGAGAUAAAUUAUAUAUGUCAAACGCGUCAAGUUCAAACAGUUAAAAGGUACAUACACCGGGUGAGCGCUUGAAAAACUAUAUUAUCUUGUUGUUUAAAGUUGUAUUCUCCUUUCGUAGGGCCUUUGAUGUAGAACUUCUGUACAUUGCACAGAAGCUGAAGAUCACUUUAGCAGAAGUAGCCGUCAACUGGACGGAAAUUGAAGGUUAGUCGUCGUGUGAAAUACUUUGAGAAAAUAACUUCCUUUUCCGUAAUUUUGUGAAAUUUCGUCUCCGUCAAUAUUGGAAUUACUUGAUUGCAUAGAUGGAUUAUGUCCUCCCCCCAAAGCUUUUCACUGCUCGUGUAAUGGAAGAGAGAAGAGAAAAAAAGCGACUCCUAACUGUUGCUAAGAAAACCUCCUUGCAAAUUUUGCCUUCGACGAAACAUAAUUGUGCACAUCUAGCGUUUAUUAAUCUUUGUCUUCAGACAAUCAAGACAUUCUUUGUUUUCGAUUUUUACCCGUCUGCCAUCUGUAUGCGUCCUCAAGUCUGGCACAUUGUUUUUUUUAAACAGUGUUUAGCGCAACAUAUGUGAUGUCUAGAUUUCACGUUUUCCCUCUUUUUGCAGACUGCAUCUUUUUCAGACAUGGGCGAAGCUUACACUUUUCUCCUGCUUGCUGUACUAUUUGUACCUUUCCUCGUGUUUGAUGCCUUUCGCUUGUUUGGUCUGAGUUUUCCGAUUGUUGCGUGAAAACCCUCCCACGUUCAAGCCUUGAAAUUACCAUAGAAUUCUCAUUCUGAUUUCUCUUCAAUUUUUUCCAAAGGUUCAAAGAUGAUCCCAGUGUGGAGCUGGCUUCAAAUGGGCAAAGAUCUGCUCAUGAUCAGUUUAAGAUAUGUGGUUGGUGCUUGGAGGAUCGAACCAAUUAAGCUGAAAAGCCAAUAAAACUUUUAGCUUCUCUUCAAUUUUUCUUAUAUUAAAACCUUAACUGUAAAACGAACUCUGCUAUUUAAUAUAUUGAGAAGUAGACACGACCAAAAAGGAGUUGACUUUUUGUGCGAGCAGCACAUCAUGUUAUCGUACACGGAUUCAAUCUUAACACAAUCCAUUGGGUGUGAAAAUUAACCUGGGAUUCCUUUAGUUUUAUACUUUAUUUCGCUCUGUGAUUGGUCCAGAAAACUCGUUUCACUCUCUCAAGCAAUCUGAUUUAACAAUAAAAUCGUUCGCGACUUGGUCACCUGCGUUUCCCGCGCUUCAGGCAGUUUGCCUGUUUUUAUUUUGCUUAAUUGGCUCCUGGUGACAUACUCCUUUGUUCUGAUUGGCUGUUGUGAUUACUUUGGCUUUGGUUUUACGGCACUCAAUCGAAAUGCGCGACAAAAGAGGAUAGACGGUGUUGAUCAGAAGACAGAACUUCAGCCAAUACAUCCUGGAUAUGUCAAACAAAGGAAUUCGUUGCGAACUGAGCUUCGUUCACAACGAUCGAUGUAUGAAAUGACGGCCACAAUUAUGGUCCCAGGCAAAAUUCGUUUAGUAUAAUAAAGAUUGUCUCAGUUGUACUGAUAACAAGAGUGAUGCACCAAAUGAAAAUUUAGAUAGAAUCUAGUGAACAUGAAGUUUGACACUUCAAAUAUCUCGAGUCCACACAGGAUGAUCAUCUGUAGAUAUGUAGUCCUGAAAAUGACCUUAAAACAGCAGACGAAACAUUUGCUUUUGAAAAUCUAUUUUUGCUACCCUGAUCAAUCCGCUAUUUAAGUGAGAAUGUGUGUUGCGAAAAAGUGAUAAAUUCAAUAUCAAUGUUUUAAAAUGUUUGAAUAAUAAUGAAUAAACACCUGUUUUAGAGCGUGCG